UGUAUAUUUUUACAACAAUCACGUUUACUACUUCAGCGGUCUAGUUUCUUGACUUGAUGGCGGCUAUAAGAGGGCCAUGGUCCUCUUCAGUCUUCAUUUUACAGUUUUAGAAAUAGAGGGAGACAGCGAGAAAGAAAGGAGGAUGGGGAGGAGUCCUUGUUGCUCCAAGGAAGGACUCAACAGAGGAACCUGGACUGCAUUGGAAGAUGAAAUACUUACAGCAUAUAUUAAGGCUCACGGGCAAGGAAAAUGGAGAAGCCUCCCCAACAGAGCUGGUUUGAAGAGAUGUGGCAAAAGCUGUAGACUUAGAUGGCUAAAUUAUCUUAGACCGGAUAUCAAAAGAGGCAACAUAUCCCAUGAUGAAGAGGAGCUUAUAAUCAGACUCCAUAAUCUUCUUGGCAACAGAUGGUCUUUAAUAGCUGGAAGGCUACCUGGGCGAACAGACAAUGAAAUCAAAAACUACUGGAACACUACUUUGGGAAAGAGAGCCAAAGCUCAAGCAUCCUCGCCAGCAUCCACAGAAACUCCGCCGAGCAAAUCUACACACAAAGAGCUAACAACUGAGUCCCAAAUCGACGAACCCUCAAAUUCACCACAGUCUACAGAAUCCAAAAUCCAAGGGAUCCGGACUAAAGCCACUAGGUGUAGCAGCAAAGUCCUGGUCCCAUUGCUGCCAGCAGCAACUCAAGAUAUUGAUAUUAAUAACUUAACACUUCAGGACCCUUCCGAGCUUCAAGAUUAUCAACCUUAUUACUUGACAAAUCAUCAAGAAAUGGACAAUAAAACAACAUUUCAAACUCACCAUGGAACAGAAGUGCUCGAUGCGUUUUAUAGUUGUGGCCCGGAUUUCUUGAACUUUGAAAUCAAUGAUCAGAUGCAAACAAUCAAUGGAGAAUCUGAGGAGAAUAAUGACAUCAACAAGAAUCUAUCAGAGGAUCCUGUGCAACCCCUGCCGUUUGAUGAUGCAAUGUUCAAGGAUUGGACCAAAAGUCCUUGUCUUAAUGACAAUGCCACCAUUGAUUUAGGCUCUCUGGCAUUUUUACUUGACCCUGACGAAUGGCCUUGAUAGCAAAAUCACUGCUGCAGCAUUCAUUUCCAAAAAAGAGAAAAAACCAUGUAAAUAAAACAUUCAGGGUGUCACGGAUCAAGCGCCAGUUCAUGAGGCACUUACCUGGACUCUUCCACAGAAGUCAGUAAAAGAGAAUUAGAAUACAUGAUCAAGCAACAAAUAAGGCACAAGUUAGUCCAAAAACACACAAGAAGGUAGCAACAAAAGGAGUCUAGUAUCUUCCACACCAUCGUUGGGUUCAAAGAGACUUGGGUGAUCUAAGUUGGGUGAUCUAACACAUAUCUUAACCAGGGAAGCAGCCCAACAUCCUCUGAUUGCACAUCCCUUUUAAAAAGUUGGAGGGAUUUUACAAGUAUAUAUACUACAGGUAACUAUUAAAAUGUUUGAAAUGGAAAUUCUUAUCCUAAGUACAUACGAACUAUCUAGCAAGGCACCUCUAUUCAAUUAUGGCCUUAUACAAGGUUGACUAAUAACAUAGGACUUGUGUCUUGUCUAUGAUAAAUACUAGUUGCAGCUUGCAUGUUAUGAGCAACUAUUGUAAAUUUUUUCUUAUUAUGAAAGAGUUUGUAGUUUGAAGAUUGGGAAAAAGAAAUGUAAGUGUUGAAAUUAGAACCACAAACUUGUUGAGUAUCAUUUUUUUCAGUGAUUACAUA